GCUCGGCCCGCUUCAGCUGUGGGGAGCGAGCCAGGCUUCCCGCCGUUGCCGCCGCAUCGGGCUGGUGCAGCCCCGGGAAGAAGCACAGGAAAAUGGCAGACAGUUUUUCGCUUAGUGAUGCUUUAUCUGGGCCUGGAAAGCCAAACCUUCAAGGAUGGCCUGGCUCAUGGGGAAUCCCGCCUCCUGGGGCAGGGGUCUACCCAGGUGCCUCCUAUCCUGGGGUCUACCCUGGGCAGGCACCCCCAGGAGCCUAUCCUGGGCGGGUACCUCCAGGGACUUAUCCUGGGCAGGGGCCUCCUGGUGCCUACCCUGGCCCUACAGCACCUGGAGCUUAUCCCGGACCACCUGUACCUGGAGGCUACCUGGGGCAACCAGGCGGGCCUGGGACCUACCCACCUCCUGGACAGCCCGGGGCUUCCGGAGGCUACCCUGCUGCCGGCCCCUAUGGCACCCCUGCUGCACAGUUGGUAACUUCCGGCAACUGGCUCAGCGAGCAGGAUCCUAAAAGUGGAAGCCUUGACCAGAGUGAAGGAGAUUCCCGUACAGAGUUGCAGAGACCCGGACAAGGCUUUGAGCCUCCGUCUCCAGGAAGGGUGACGGACAAAGAGUAUGGGUCCCCGACAGAAGAAUCAGGCCCAGAGUGUCCACCCGAGGGGAAACAGCAGAGGAUGCCACCCUCUACGGCCGAAGCCCUGACCAAAGAUUCUCUAAGGAAGAAACCAAAGCACAAGAGGCCUCGAAUCAAGAAAACACGACAGAUACAAGCCAUGACAUGGGCCCAGCUGAAGAAGACCUAUGAGGAAGCAGAGAAGAUACUAUAUCAGACAUCUGUACCUAAAACACCUGCAAACCUUUUUCUUGCUGUGAUCAGCGUGGUGAGCAUGGCGUCUAGAAAAAUCUCCGAAGAAUACGAGGCUUCACAGACCAGCGCCUCGCAGUGAUGGCUAUCGAACUUCAUCAACUUGCUUCUAAAACGAAUGGGUGAGAUGUUGGGAAUAGGGUUAAGAGACAUGGAAAGUUUCAGGAGUUUUGCAGGACUUUUGUCUUGAAGGAAUCUGUGGGUAUAUUACUUCACAGAGCAGAAGCUGCUUAGCAACAAGGGAGACAUUCCACCCAUCAGGGACGACUGUAAGGCAGCGCCAAUCUCAAGGCCUGCAAGCCAGCGCCUGGAGCUUGUGCAAGGCAGAGCUCGGCAUAGGGCCCAAGGCUAAGAAACUGAUUGAAAAAUACCAGCCCAGCAGACAACUUGCAGCCGGAACUAUCAUAAACUUCAACAAGGCUGUUCCUGCUUCACGUCUGACCACAUGUCUCAGUAUACAAAGAAAUGGAUUAGAUUAGUAUGCAGGCUCAGUGUUCCUGCUUUAUGCAUUUUUAUCUUUAACUUGUAUGCUCAGCUAGGUCU